AGGCGCGCACUCGUUGCACUCUCCUCUAGCGUUCUUAUCUGUGCGGAUGACUGGGCGACCACACUCGCCACGGUCGAGGCCAUCGUUCACUAACCACCACAUUCUGCCUGAGUGUGGGUAGUGGCGGCGAUUAUGUGCACGGCAGAUCAUAUACCUUCUGGCAGAGAACCGAGACGCUUCAGAGCGAGUGAUGCGCCGUCAGUACUCCCCAUCACCAGCCGCUGCUGCUGGUUCGCUGCGCCACCGCUGGCGUGCAUGCGGAUGAGCAGCGCCACGGAGGAGGAACGGAGGGAGCCAAACGGCUACGGGUGGCCCUUGCUGCUCGUCGUUCUUCGCCGCACUCCAUGAAGCACACUGCAGGAACUGCCGAAUGGCCCGUGACCGACCUUUUCUUGUGUUCUGCUGUUUGGGACUGUAGCUGCCGUUCCCAACGGUUUUCUUUUCUUUGCCCUUCUAUUCCCUACUGCCUUGGUUUGGCUCUGCUGUUCGCGGCUCCUUUCUGCUGACGCACGAAGGACUCCCCUUCACGUGCUUUCUGGAAAGACGCUGUGCUUUUGAUGUCUCUUAUCUGCUCUCUCUCUUUCUGUACAUAUGCUCCCACCGUCAAUCAAGCAAAUUCGCUUCCGCUCUUUGGGGCCGCGGCUUUCUCCGUCGUGGGCGUGCGAGCCCCGUGUCAAGCGCUGUGCCCGUUCCAUGCCUGCUCUGCGUGGCGCACGUCAACGUGGCGGUGCGACGCUUUCCACCCUUCUCCGCUCCCCAUCUUUCCCCCGCGCUCUCUUCGGCAUCCGGCCGGCUCACGCAGUCCUCGUCUCGCGCAUCUCAUCUGUUUCGUUGUACCUAUCCCCACCACCUAUUUCAAAACGUAGCGUAGUCCGUUGUGCGGUAGCUUCGUCGGUUGCCCGUUGCAUACGCACGCUGUCUCCCUUUCGCGCCUCAAAACGCACCUUCCUCGGUGUUCACUUCUUCCUCUUCUAACUUUUUCUUGUAACGCAUGUCCCGCCCGGUGAAGCGCGAGACCACCGGCAAGCACGUCGGCUACGGCAAGGUGAUCCUCUUCGGCGAGCACUUUGUCGUGCACGGCGCGCCGGCCAUUGUGGCGGGCAUCAGCGAGUACACGGCGUGCCGCCUCGAGGCGACGCCCGGCGUCCCUGGGCUGCAGGUGGACGAUCGGCGCCCCGCCAUCCCCGGCUACAUCACGCAGAAGCGCGAGGAGCAGAAGCGUGCCCACCAGCUGGUCCUCGACCACCUGCACAUCGACGUGUCGAAGGACGGCCUCAAGGUGCUCCUCGGCGGCCCGCUGGUGCCGAGCAGCGGCAUUGGCGCGUCUGCGAGCGACGUGGUGGCCUUCUCCCGCGCGCUGAGUGAGCUGUACGGCCUGAGGCUGACGGAGGACCAGGUGAACCAGAGCGCCUUUGCCGGGGAGUGCGGCUACCACGGCACGCCGAGCGGUGUGGACAACACGGCGGCCACCUUUGGCGGCCUCAUCUCCUACCGCCGCGACGGUGGCAAGUCCGUGUUCAGCCCCAUCCGGUUUGAGCAGCCGCUCUACCUCGUCGUGGUGGGCACCGGCAUCACUGCCAGCACGACUGCGGUUGUCGGCGACGUGCGCAAGAUGAAGGAGUCGGACCCGCAGACGUUCUCGCGCCUGUGCCGCAACUACAGCCACGUCGUUGCGCAGGCCCGCGACGCGCUGCAGAAGGGCGACCUGCGGGCCGUCGGCGGGCUCAUGAACGCGAACCACGACCUGUGCCGCGACCUGCACGUCUCGUGCAACGAGCUGGAGGCCAUCGUGCGGACCUGCCGCGGCUACGGCGCGCUUGGCGCGAAGCUGUCCGGCACUGGCCGCGGUGGCAUCGCCGUGGCGCUGGCGGAGAACGCGGAACAGCGGGACAAGAUCGUGGCGGGCCUCAAAGCCGACUGCCCCGAGGCUAAAUUUGUCUGGAAGUACACGGUGGUGCCGUCGGCCGCGGCCAGCUUGUAG